CAAGAACAAAGCGACGCUACUUCACUGUAACAUCAAGAGAACCUUAGCAAUUCUUACCUUUAUAUCAAUCUAAUAAACUUUGACCUCGCCCUCACAAUUGCCCGGAAAAGAACCAUGGGCGACGCCUCAGUCUUCAAAUAUCCCUCUCCCUUGACUGGGUAUGAGAAUGCCCCACCAUUGCCAGACGAGAAAGCAGCAGACGGGAAGAGCUAUGUGAAUCCCCCGUCAGAAAAGCUCAGCGAAGCAUACGAGAAGUUUAUAGAUCCAUUGGAUCGAAGUGAUCGGGGUGGCUUUGACAUUCAUAUCUACUACCUACAAACAAACGAAACGCAGGUCAAGUACGCCAAGGAGCUUUGGGAGCGAAUCCGACGAGAGUUCCCCGAACUACGAAUCUACAAGCUCUGGGAGGGGCCAAUUGGACCUCAUCCUAUCGCCAUGUUUGAAGUCAACGUAUUCUCGCCCGCUCAAUUCGGCGCUUUCGUCGCGUGGCUUGCUAUUUGGAGAGGACCCCUAUCCGCUCUGGUUCACCCUAAUGUUAUUCCCGAAAAGGGCGUGAAUCGCUGGGCGUCGAUGAAGAGGGAUCAUUUGGAGAGGGCGAUCUGGAUGGGUGAAAGACUUCCACUGGAUGCUAGUCUUUUCAAUAGAGAGGAUUAGAUGCAAGAAAUAUUCCUCAAGUUAGCCAACAGCCUACAGAUAAUUAAAAGUACAGCAGUUUAUGAACGG